AGAUCUCACGCUCGAGGCUGCUUAUGACCCAGAUUUCAUUGCUAGCUCUGCUAACGUUUGUGAUAAACAGUUAAAAUGUGUCAGAGAGGUUGCUCUACACUGUUUUGACGACCCAUGCAUCUCUUGACGGAGUAAAUGACAUGCCUUAUUCGUCUUUCGUCAAGUCAAACAGCAUGGGACAGUAGAAUGGCGUUUGUUUUAACCAGACAAAGCUAAGGAAACGUUAGCAUAGAAGUCACAGUGAAGACUCGGAGACCUACGAGGAGUCACGUUAGCAACAGUGGCAGGUACCGUAGCAACUGCAGACGCUUGUUUUAUUGAACAGCCAUCGGAGCAUGCCAACUGUUGACUCGUCUUAUUCACGAGGGACCAGCGGACCAAAACAUUACUAUGAGAUUGAAAACGUCGCAUCUACAGGAACCUAAACAUAAGGAACUUGUUAGUUGUGUUGGCUGGACAACAGCAGAUGAGCUGUACUCAUGCAGUGAGGACCACCAGAUCCUCAAAUGGAACCUGAUGACCAGUGAGACCAGUCUGGUUGUCAAAUUGCCAGAGGACAUAUACCCAAUUGACUUACACUGGUUCCCCAAAACCCUUGGUGUCAAGAAACAGAACCCGGCAGAGAUCUUUGUCCUUACCAGCACUGAUGGGAAGUUCCACCUGACCUCCAAGAUCGGGCGCAUCGAGAAGAGUGUUGAAGCCCACAAAGGAGCUGUCUUGGCAGGAAGAUGGAACUAUGAUGGGACUGCUCUCAUCACAGCUGGAGAAGAUGGGCAGAUCAAGAUCUGGUCAAAAAGUGGGAUGCUGCGCUCAACACUGGCCAGCCAAGGGUCCCCUGUAUAUUCAGUGGCCUGGGGUCCGGACUCAGACAGAAUCCUCUACACAUCAGGAAGACAGUUGAUUAUCAAGCCUCUGCAGCCCAGCGCCAAAGUCAUACAGUGGAAGGCCCAUGACGGUAUCAUUCUGAAGGUGGACUGGAAUUCAGUUAAUGACCUCAUACUGUCAGGUGGAGAAGACUGUAAAUACAAGGUUUGGGACAGCUUUGGCCGCCUGCUUUACUCCUCUUUGUCACAUGACUACCCGAUCACGUCUCUGUCCUGGGCACCUGACGGGGAGGUGUUUGCUGUGGGCUCCUUCAAUACCCUGCGGCUCUGUGACAAGACUGGAUGGUCCUAUGCAUUGGAGAAGCCAAACACAGGCAGUGUGUUCAGCUUGGCCUGGUCUGCAGACGGCACCCAGCUGGCCGGGGCAUGCGGAAAUGGGCACGUCAUCUUUGCCCAUGUGGUGGAGCAGCAUUGGGAGUGGAAGAACUUUGUUAUCACCCUAACCAAAAGGAGAACCUUGCAGGUGAGGAAUGUGAUGAAUGACGCGGUGGACAUACUGGAGUUCAGAGAUCGCGUCAUCAAAGCCUCCUUGGCCUACGGUCACCUCGUGGUCGCCACAUCUCUCCAGUGCUAUGUCUACAACUCAAGAAACUGGAAUACUCCCCUUAUCUUUGACUUGAAGGAGGGAACAGUCAGCCUCAUCCUGCAAGCAGAGAAACACUUUGUGCUCGUGGAUGGAGCAGGGUUGUACAUCUUCUCCUAUGAGGGAAGGCUAAUAUCUUCACCCAAGUUCCCUGGUAUGAGAGCCGAUAUCCUAAACGCCCAGAGCGUCUCGCUAAGUAACGACACCAUCGCCAUCCGAGACAAGAGUGAUGAAAAAGUCAUCCUUCUCUUUGAUGCCCUGACUGGGAAAUCCCUUGGCGAUGGAAAGCCCCUAUCUCAUAAGCUGGAGGUGGUGGAGGUAGCUCUGGACCAGUGUGGCCCGUCCAAUGAAAGGAAAAUUGCUCUAGUAGACAAGAACCGGGACCUUUACUUGACAUCUGUGCGUCAUCUUGGGCGAGAACCCAAAAUCUGCAAAAUCGGCAGCAUGGUUCACAGUAUGGCAUGGAAUGAUGCUGCUAACAUCUUGUGCGGAGUCCAAGACAACCAAUUAACAGUGUGGUACUACCCGAGUGCUGUCUUCACUGACAAGGAGCUGCUGCCAAAAACACUUUACAUUAAGGAUGGCAGUGAAUUCAGCCGUGCGCCUCACAUUCUGAGCUUCGUUGGCACCAAAGUGACAUUACGCCAAGGAGACGGUUCGCUCGUGUACAGCAGUGUUCCUCCGUACCCAGCCCUCCUGCAUGAAUACAGCUCCUCUGCACGCUGGGAGGACGCACUGCGCCUCUGUCGCUUUGCAAAGGACCAGUCUUUGUGGGCAUGCCUCGCUGGUAUGGCAAUGGUAAACAGGGAGCUGGACACAGCUGAGAUGGCUUAUGCUGCCAUUGGAGAGUUACCCAGAGUUCAGUACAUCAAAUUCAUAAAGGAGCAGCCAUCGAAAGAAUCCACCUUGGCCCACAUGCUGAUGUUCAGCGGUCAGGCUCAGGAGGCUGAAACAACUCUGUUACAAGCUGGUCUGACUUACCAGGCCAUACAGGUCAACAUCGACCUUUUCAACUGGGAGAGGGCGCUGGAGCUGGCGGUCAAAUAUAAGACUCAUGUGGACACUGUGCUGGCGUACAGGCAGAAGUUUCUGCAGAAGUUUGGCAGAAAGGAGACCAAUAAGAGAUUUGUGCAGUACGCUGAAGGGGUCGAGGUAGACUGGGAGAAAAUCCAAGCGAAGAUUGAAAUGGAGCUGGCUAAAGAGAGAGAGAAAGCUGCAAAUGCGUCUGUGAGGAGCAGCGUGGCCUUGCGGUGUUAAUGUUCAAGGAACUUUUCUCUAAAGCAUCAGCUUUGCAGAAAUAGACUUGUGCUCAUGAUGUUUGAUUAUGAGGUUGAUCGACUGAGCGUCCCAGAAGUUACAAAUGCUUUAACUUAAGGGAACAUUUGGAAAUGUGAAGACUGGAAGGCUGGGAAUAAUAUGACUGUUACACUACAAGCUGCUGCAUAUGGCACAAACAGGAUACAUUCUCUUACUGUGGUUUAAUGAUUCAUCUUUAAAGGAUCUCACUUCUCCACAACAUGUCAAGUUUUGCUGUUUGUUUGUUUUUAUUUAUCAAAAUGAACUCGGUAUGUUCAAGUAUGAACAUGUAUAUCUUUGCUUAUUGUCUGUGAUGUAUAACUUUUAUAUGCAUAAAUAUUUUUACACUAUCUAUAUUUAAAAACUUCACCUUCUGUAACUGUUGAGUAAUAAAAUAGUAUAAAUUCAUCCCAAA